AAGACCUUCGUACUUGUUCCUGUUACUGGUUAUAACCCGAUUGAUUGUCGUUUGAUCUCCUCUCAGUUGGAGCAGGAGGGGAAAAAGGAGGCGUCUGUGUCGGAGGACUCCCACCAGAACUACUCGGUGGGUCUGGUGGCCGUGGUGAUCAGCUGCCUGUCGUCGGGGUUCGCCGGUGUCUACUUCGAGAAGAUCCUGAAGGGGAGCUCGGCGUCCGUCUGGAUGAGGAACGUCCAGCUGGGGAUCUUCGGCACGGCGCUCGGCGCGCUGGGCCUCUGGUGGAACGACGGCGCCGCGGUCGCCGAGCGCGGCUUCCUGUUCGGCUACACCGGCACGGUGUGGUGCGUCAUCUUCAACCAGGCGUUCGGCGGGCUGCUGGUCGCCGUGGUGGUGAAGUACGCCGACAACAUCCUGAAGGGCUUCGCCACCUCCUUCUCCAUCAUCGUGUCCACGGUGAUGUCCGUCUAUCUGUUCGGCUUCCAGGUGGACCUGCUCUUCACGGUGGGGGCGGGGCUUGUCAUCGGUGCCGUCUACAUGUACAGCCUCCCCAAAGCCACCGUUGCCAGCUCCUCGUCACUGAGCUCCUCCUCCUCUUCCUCCGCGUCUUUGGCUUCGCCGAGGACGGAUGGAGGCGCCAAGAUGGAGUCGUUUCUGCCGAAGUCAGUGCUGGUGAAGUGACUCCCUCCCUCUCUCCACCUCCUCCUCACCUCUUUCCUCCCUCUAAACUCCUCCAAAGGAGGACAGGAUCUCCUCUUGAUCUUCUCCUUCCUCCCCCCCUGACCUCCUGCAGACCUCCUCAUCUCAGCUGAAGACUGUUGACGACGGAGGAGAUUUUCUCCUCGUCUUUUUCUAACUUCCUCCUUUUUUCACUCCUCCUGUGAUGAGAAGGAGAACGGAGGAGUCUGUCUUUACUCUGAACACCUUCUGACUCGAGGAGGAGGAGAGCGUCUGGUUUUAACUCUGCUUUUCCUCACUAAACACUAACCUCUCCCCCCCGCCGUCCUCGUCACAGACUAACUGCUCAAAGCACAACAGGAGGAGGAGCUGCCUUAAAACUCUCUCUGUUACUGAAUGAAAGAGGAGAAGCCUUACGCUGAUUAUUGAUUGUGAUGGAGGACGUUUCCUCAGUUCAGCUCCUGAUUUUCUUUCUUUCAGAAUCGACACUAAAUGGUGAGAAAAAAGAGAAGCAUUGAGACGUUCUCUGCCUCAGCGUUUAUGUUUGAUGUCCACAGAGAACCACGUUAGAACUCUCUGAAGGUUCUGGAGAUGUUUGAGAUACAAAAUAUAAUAUCUGUGAUUUUAAUCUGCAGAAGAAAAUAAACUGAAAACUAGAAAA